AUGGUGCAGUGCUUUGGCUUUGCUGUUCGAGAGCUAAGGAGCGAUGAAGAGGAAGAGGAGGAAGACGAAGACGACAACGGCCAGGGGUCUGAUGAGCGGCUCGAGGAGGAGUGGCAAGAGGUGAAGAGAGAGAAGAAGCCGAAAGCCAUGCCAAAACAGGAAGCGAGCAGGCCCCGCCGCGAGCGCCGCGACCGAGGGCGCCGAGGCGAGGACCGCAAAGAUGGCAAAGACGGAAAAGAUGGCAGGAAGGAGGAGAAUGACAAGGACAAAGACGGCCAGCAAUCCACCAGGAGGCGCCGAGAUGGCGAUAGAAACCGCCGGGACAACCGCAGAAGAGCAGGUGCUGGUGCAGGCGGAGGUGAGAAUCUCCAGCCGCGGCAGGACGACAAGAAGCCACAAGAGAACGCGUGGAGGCGUAAGGAAAGCGGUGAGAAGGACGAGGUGCCAAAGCCCAAGGAGCAACCGAGAGAGAGGAGGCCGCAGAAGGAUCCCAGGGAGCCCAGGGAGGUGAAGGAGCCGAAGGAGGUGAAGGAAGCCAGGGAGCCAAGGAAAGAGGGCGGUAAACCCGCCGAGAGUCAGGGCACCAGGAACCUCGGCGAGGGAGAUUCGAGCAAAUUCCGCCCACCGAAUAGGAGGUCGCAGGACUCACAGCCUCGGCAGUCUCGACAGACUUCGGGCCGUUCCGAGGAGGGUCGCAACCGUGGUGACCGGCGCAGGUCUGGUAAUGGGAACCGAAACCAAGGCCACAGUGCUGAGGAUUGGUUUGCAAGUCGAAUGGCUGCGGCCUGA